AUGUCCGUUUUCGAGAGCCCAUGGCGUUCGCGCCGUUGGAGCUUAGGCAGCUCGUCUGGCCAACCAACUGCCGUGCUCAUCACAAGCCUGGCCCCGCCAGCUCCACCUGCACCUCCUGCACCUCCGCCCCCCCCGACUCCCCUUGCGCCUCCUACGCCCCCUCUGCUUCCUCCGGCCUUGAUCGACUGGCGCACCAACCCUCCGUUAGAACCGGUCGAGGGCGAGGGGUUUCCCGAGCCCGAACCCGAGGAUGAGGAGAACGCGGCGACCGAGGAGAUGGACGACGACGACACGCCUGGGCCUCUCCAUCCGCGUGAAGACGAAGAUGGGCCAGCGCCGGUGAGUUGGAUUGCGGAGGAGGAGGAGGAGGAGGAGGAGGAGGUGGAGGAGGAGGUGGAGGAGGAGGAGGAGGGUGGGCUGGAGGAGGACGCGGACGAAGCGUGA